AUGGUCAGGAUAUUGACCCUGUUGAGAAUUUUUGCACUCGGUGGGAUCAUCAAUGUAAGCGAUUGCUCUGUGAUUGCCCUGUUCACGUCAUGUGUUCUCACCCCUGUUAACGAUGUUGAAGCGGCCAUUCUGAACGGAAAGCUAUACAUUGAUGGGGGAGCUCAGAUAUUCUGGGACAACAAAACUCGAGAUAGGGACUCUCAAAAAGCCGGGGGCAGGCCAGUAGGAUUUAGUAUGUCCUCCCUCUCUGCCCCUCCUCGCCGUACUGCUCAUGCUGACUGGCGCUAGACAGAAACCUCAUCUCCCUAACACUGAACGAAGUAUGGAACUGGCGGAACCGCCUGCCCUUUGAGGUCCUCGAUGCGGAUCAACGAGUCCCUUCAAACAGUAAUGCCCCGCCGGCCCUUUCCCGAGGGGCGCUCUGGCCAUAUCAGAACUCCCUAUACCUCUACGGUGGGUCAACCAGCCGUCUCAACGACUCGUUCAUAGACUACCAGUCCCCCAAAACAGAAGACACUGUACUGUGGCGCUUUGAUACACUGUCCUUAGAAUGGUCGCCCCAGCCGCUCAAAUCGAGCGACGGGAGAGGGGUGCCCAGGCUAUCAAAUGGCGCCAGCGCCGUUGUGGAGGACAGAGGGUUGGCAUUUUACUAUGGUGGGCAAACUGAUAACGGCACGAGUCCGGAUACCCAGAACUCUACCGCGAUAAACUUCUCGAACCAGUUUUAUGUUUUUGAUCUCAAGAAUGGGAGCGCAAGGGCUUUGCCCACAGACCUGGUUGGGGCAGGGAGAGCGGAUGCUCAGAUGAUAUAUAUUCCGGAGAUUGGGAGGAAGGGGAUUUUGGUGUUGUUUGGGGGAUCAAUAAAGCCUAUUGGGGCUGCGGACGAUCAAUUUAGAGGUUUGUUCCGUUGGAAUCAUGUCAUCUUGACGAAGCACACCGACUGACCGACUGAGUGAUAUUAGGAUCCUUGGUGAGUUUCAUGUCUAGUCGGCUGAGAACAAUACCCACACUAAUACGCACAAGUCACCAAUGAGUGAAAUAAGUGUUUUUGACAUUGAAUCUCUAGAUACUGGGGGUAAGGGGUGGUACAACCAGACUGCGACUGGCGAGAUACCCCCAGCGAGGCUGGAUUUCUGUAUUGUCAGUGCUCAAGCGCCGGAUAAGACCAGUUGGAACAUGUAAUCAACCACCGUCCUCCUAUUUCAACCUCCCCUCCUCUAUGUGUGUUGACAUGUCAAUGAUACCAGUUACAUGUACGGUGGUUGGGACGGAUCCAACAAAUAUGACGACGUCUACAUCCUUUCCCUCCCAAGCUUCCAGUGGAUAAACGCGUUUCCCGGCAAUGACGAGCGUGAAGCACACACCUGUCAUAUGGUGGGAAACCGGAUGAUGAUUACCAUCGGCGGGUACAAGGCAAAGCUCGGACUCCCCGGGCCUUGCGAUUGGGAGCCUAACGGGGUGGCACUCUUCAACAUGGUUAAUAUGACGUGGUCAAACAUAUUCAACCCGAGUUCUGAAAAAUAUAACAUUUCUGCCUUAAUUUCUUCUAGAAUUGGUGGGAAGUAUGUAUUUUUUUCUUUUUUCCUGUGCUCCCUCUUUCCUAUAGGAAAACCGAAAAGUACUGACGGGAGAUGCUACAAGCGAAACCGGCGCCGCGACCGUGAAAUCCCCUAGAUCGAAUUGGGCGGGCGGUCUCGAGGCCGUGUUCGCUCGACAACUCCCCGCCAAUUCCACAAACUCCACCCUCUCCCCCCUGCCCUCCCCCUCCUCCGCCCCAACUCCGCUGUCCAAACAAGCCAUAAUCGGCAUAUCCAUCGGUUCCGCCAUACUCCUCCUGUUCGUCACCUUCGCGGCGGUACAGGUAUACAGGAUCCGAAGGGCAGGAGUGAACCGCCUUCGCCUCGAGGAGAUCCACGCAGCGGAGUUGGAGCCCACAACAAGGGUCCCGCUGAGCGCGUUCCAGGAAUUAUUGGGUAAUCUGGGCAAGGGUAGGAAUAGGGCUGCGUUGGAACUGCCCGGGAGCGCGCCUGUGUACACUAGGGAUAGGGACAGUCAUGGAAACCCAUUCGAGUUGUCAGCUAGCGGAGAGUAUGUUGUUGCUCCCCUCUCUAAGAUUCAUGGGGGUAGUGUUUGGGGAGACCAAUGUGCUAACACUGGUACAGAAACGACAGGAACAGUCUUACAGGUAUGCUGGAGGAAGUCGGGAUAGCGGUGCCGGGUCCUGUUUACCGUGGAAGUGUCCGCGUUAGCAGCAGCAGCAGCAGCAGCGGUGGCAGUGGCGGUGGUGAUGGUAGCAGGCAAGGGACCAAUAGGAAUAGCAUGGCAUCCAUGGAAUUCGAUGAGAAGACUGAGAAGAUUGACAUGAACUGGAUUUGACCGAUCCGGGACUGUAUACUCUAUAACGCUAAUUUUUCUUGUAUAUAUUGAUAAAGAGUUUGAGAACACA